AUGGACGAAGAAUUGCUAAUAUCAUUAGUGUCCCAGUAUAAGGAACUGUACGACACGGAAGAUGCGAGGUACCACGACGAACAGAGGAGAAACAAUAUAUGGCAAGAAAUUGCAGAUUUAAUGAAAUUAAGGGCAUCCGAAUGUCGAGACCGCUGGAAAAGGCUAAGAGACAACUUUAGGCGCGCAAAAAAUUUGCGAAAAACCAAGAGUGGACAAGCCGCUACAAAGAAUAAGCCUAUUAAAUAUGAGAAAGAAAUGCAAUUUCUAACUUGUUAUUUGGAAACUCAGGAAAAAUGUUUAACAAACAUUUCGAGACAGUCGAGUGAUGAUGAAGAAGCUGUGCUUGAUAACAUGUCGCCACCAUCUACACCAGGGUCCCAAUCCCAAAUGAGUUCCAAUUUAACUGCUUCAUGUUCAAAAAAAAAGAAAGUAGAGGACGAAUAUGGCCAGUCCUCAACCUCGGCAAAAACACUGUUUCAGUCCUAUAUUAAGAAAAAGUAUGACCAACCUCGCCAAGAACCUGACACAGUUGUUGACUUUUUUACUAAUUUGGGGCGUACAGUGAAAACUUUUCCUGAAGACAUCCAAAUUCGUGUGAAAGGUUCCGUUUUUAAAAUUAUAAAUGACGCUGAAUUGAAAAUGUUACAGCGAAAAGCAAGCCAUGAACAAUAUUUUAAUCGUCCUACUGUGCGGAGCCAUUAUCAAGAACCAGUCCGAAUGCCCGUGUUACAGACAGGUCAAAUUGCAACAACUGGGUCAAAUACUAUGGUCCAAAGCAAUGAACUUAGUGAUUCGUUAGGAUCGCAAGUUUAUUCUCCAGUUUCACCUGGACAAUCCUCACAAGCUGAACCAGCUGAUCAUGCAAACAAGACAUAUAUACAGAUGGGAGAAUUUCUAACGUUUCCUGAACGUUGAUGUUAGAAGACUAAAAACUUAAUACAUUUAUAUAGAAAUUAGAAUAAAAUGUAGUAAGUAUGAAAAAUAUGAAUUAAAGUUUAUCAUCGCAGAAAUAAUAGUUUUUGAUUUCAUGCCGUGGAACAUU